CCUGAUUGAAACCAAUCAGCUGUUUUUCUAAAUAUAUGUUUUUUCUCAAUUGGGAUUCUAGAAAGAGAAAGCAAGCUGUGUUUUUCUGUGACGACUACGAAUGGGUUCGAAGAAGAAGAAGAAGCGCAGUGGAAGUCAGCGAAACAAAGGCAGGGCUCCGUCUAAAGAUCACACCUCUCAAGUAUCCGAAAACAACGACGUCUCCGAAGAGAUUACCGCCUUGUGUGGAAUAUUUCAAGAAGAUUGCAUGAUUGUUUCAGACUCACCUCCUCAAAUCGAUGUCAAGCUCAGGCCAUACUCGAAAGAUACAGGAUUUGAUGAUUUAGAUAUUUCUGCCAUCCUUUCAAUAAGAUAUUUACCUGGCUAUCCACAUAAGUGUCCAAAGCUGCAGAUCAAUCCGGAAAGAGGUUUAUCAAGGACUGAUGCAGACAAACUUUUGUCGUUGCUCCAUGACCAGGCUAAUAGUAAUGCUCGAGAAGGGAGAGUUAUGAUCUACAAUUUGGUGGAAGCUGCCCGAGAAUUCAUAUCUGAAAUUCAUCCAGCUUCCCAGUCACUUAAAACUGUCAAGUUCGUUGAUGAAGAUAAGGAUUCGUCCAAACUUGAUUUGGCAAUAGCAAACAGUGGGGGUAGCCUUCCCAAUGUACCUUUUGUGUAUGGUUUCAUUGAUCUUUUCAGUGGCUUGGGUGAAUUGUGGAAUUGGGGACUUGAAAUAGAGGACACCAAGUAUUCUUCAAUUCCUUAUUCAUUGGACCAGAAUGUGAACCAGAUGGUGAUUCAUGAUAAUAAACAAGUCCAACCCGAUACCACAAAGGAGAAGUUACACACUCUUGAAGAAAGGGGUGAAGAUGAUGUAAAUAACAUGUCGCCAGCUGAUUUAAAUCUAUCUUCAUCUGCAGAAUCAACUGAAAGUGUCUACUCUGAUGAGGCAGAGGAGCUUGAACCACUGUUUGAAAGUGAUGACGAUCAACUAGACAGAGAAAAUGAGAAGUCCGUAUCUUCUGCCUCGGUGUCUGAUCAAUUAUCUCAUCCCAUCGAAACUGAUUUGUUUUUGGCUCACCUACUUCGUCUUACUUGCGCAUCUAAAGGACUAGAGCCAGAUGUAACUUCCGAGCUAUGCAAUCUAGGGAUCAUUUCAGAAAGUGUUCGUGAUUUAGCUAACAAACCACCAACACUCUUUGACAAAACCUUUGAUCAAGUUUUUGCUGGGCGAAUGGUCUCCUCUGAGAUCUCAAAAUUCUGGAAAACAGCUUCAGGAAUUGGAGGAGAUGAUUCUACGUCACUUCCUGCUUCUCGAUAUCUUAACGACUUUGAAGAACUCCAACCCAUUGGUCAAGGAGGAUUUGGUCAUGUUUUGCUUUGUAAGAACAAACUAGACGGAAGACAGUAUGCUGUAAAGAAGAUCCGAUUGAAGGACAAAAGUCUUCCAGUUAAUGACAGGAUAUUGCGGGAGGUCGCCACACUCUCCAGGUUACAGCACUUGCAUGUUGUCCGUUACUAUCAGGCAUGGUUUGAAGCAGGAUUUGGUGGCCCUAUUUCUGAAGCCAUCUCUGGUUCUAGGACUAUGAUGAGCUCGAGCUUCAGUUUUAAGGAAACAAGUUCUGCAGGCCCCGAUAAUAAGAUGGAAUCCACCUAUCUGUAUAUUCAAAUGGAGUACUGCCCAAGGACUUUGCGACAAAUGUUUGAAUCAUAUAGUAGUCACUUUGAGAAGGACAUGGCUUGGCAUUUGUUUCGUCAAAUAGUGGAAGGCUUAUCACACAUACACGGACAAGGAAUUAUUCAUCGCGACUUAACCCCAAACAAUAUAUUCUUUGAUGCUCGAAAUGACAUCAAAAUUGGAGAUUUCGGUCUUGCUAAGUUCCUACAGAGAGAACAGUUGGACCAAGAUUCUGAUCCAGUCGAACCAACCCCAGUUUCAGUUGAUAGAACAGGCCAAGUUGGCACCUACUUCUACACUGCUCCCGAAAUUGAACAAGGCUGGCCUAAAAUUGAUGAGAAAGCAGAUAUGUACAGUUUGGGAAUCGUGUUCUUUGAACUAUGGCACCCGUUUGGAACUGCAAUGGAACGACACGUUCUUCUCUCCGAUCUGAAACUCAAAGGUGAACCUCCUUCUAAUUGGGUUUCCGAAUUUCCAGAACAAGCAUCGCUUUUAAAGCGGUUGAUGUCUUCAAGCCCCUCCAAUCGACCAUCCGCUAACGAACUAAUCCAACACGCGUUUCCUCCGAGAAUGGAAUACCAACUGUUGGACAACAUUUUAAGAACGAUGCAUAUUUCGGAGGAUAAAACCUUUUACGAUAAAAUCGUGAACGCUGUUUUUGACCAACCGAGUUGUUACGUUCCUUCGACAGAUGAUAACGUCGGGUAUGACGAUUCAGAGGCUGAGGUUCGGGACAGUGUCGUGGAUUUAACUGUUGAUGUUUUCAGGCGAUACUGCGCUAAGCAUUUCGAGAUAGCGCCGGUUACUUUAUUAUCCAAUAAUCAUAACAGAAACGCAGUUAAACUCCUGACUCGCGACGGGAACAUGACCGAGCUCUGCCAAGAACUACGCCUGCCUUUCGCGAAAUGGAUCGUCGCCAAACAGCGAUCGUCGUUCAAACGUUACGAGAUAUCGCACGUUUAUCGGAAAUCAAUUGGUUUCUCGCCCCCAAACCGCUACCUUCAAGGAGAUUUUGAUAUUAUCGGAGGCCAAUCGUCUCUAACCGAGGCUGAAACAAUCAAGGCGACGAUGGAUAUUGUUACGCGUUGUUUCGAAUCGGAAUCAUGCGAAAUCCAUCUAAACCACGGGAAACUGUUGGAAGCAAUUUGGUCUUGGAUAGGAGUGAAACCGGGGCACAGACAGAAAGUAGCCGAACUUCUAUCUUUAUUAUCAUCUUUACGUCCUCAAUCUCCCGAAAGGAAAUCGAAAAGAGUCGUCAUAAGGAGACAACUCCGGCAAGAACUUAAUCUAAGUGAAGCCACUGUGAAUCGAUUGCAGACGGUUGAAUCGAGAUUCUGUGAAUAUGCUGAUCAGGCUCUCCCGAGAUUAAGAGGGGCACUUCCUUCAGAUAAACCAAUCCGAAAAGCUCUAGAUGAGUUAACUGAACUCUUCAACUACUUAAGAAGAUGGAAGAUUGACAAACACGUAUUCAUAGAUGCUCUUAUGCCACCAAGUGAAAGCUACCAUAGACAUAUUUACUUCCAGAUAUAUCUAAGAAACGAUAGCGAAGGAACAAUGCUCGCAAUCGGAGGACGAUACGAUUAUUUACUUAAACAGAUGUGGAAUCGUGCCCACAAAUCGAAACCACCUGGGGCUGUUGGUGUUAGUAUUGCUUUGGAGACUAUUAUUCGACAUUUGGAUGUAAAAUCUCGUAGACAUGAUCAUGGGAUCAUAAGUGUUCUUGUUUGUUCGAGGGGAGGUGGCGGGUUAUUGGAAGAACGAAUGGAGCUUGUGGCUGAGCUAUGGGAAGAAGGGAUUAGAGCUCAGUUGGUCUCGGUUUCUGACCCUAGUUUUACGGAACAAUAUGAAUAUGCAAACGAACAUGGAAUUAAAUGUCUUGUUAUUAUAACGGAAGUUGGCGUGUCUCAAGGUUCGGUUAAGGUGCGACAUCUUGAUUUGAAGAAGGAAAGAGAUGUAAGUAAAGAGAAUCUGAUUAAAUUUCUUUUCGAGGCGACUGAAACGCAGUUUAGGAAUCCUUCGAUCUGGAAUUAGGAUUUCAUUUUGUUUUUUUAUUAUGGUUUGGUUUUUAUGUGGAUGCAGUUUUGGUAGUUUUGGUUCUCUUCAUUAGAUUGUAUAUUGGUGAAAUUUGUUUCAUUGUUUGGAAUAUAGAGUUGGUCCAAGAGAAAACUGAAUAAUAUUUUUUUGUAUGUGAAAUUAUGUUUGAUACGAGAAGUGUGAUUGAAUAAGAUAUUAUAUUACUUUAU